AUGCCCAGUAUUGAACACAUAAUAACCAGCAACGAAACCAUGCAUAACAACAAAGCAUGUGAACCAAUAGCCUUGAUUGGCAUGUCGUGUACAUUUGCUGGAGGAAUUGACAAUCCCGACUCAUUAUGGGAGGUUCUUAAGAAUUCUGUCGAUGUUGGAAGUGAAAUUCCAAAAGAACGUUUCGAUAUUAAUUCAUUUGCUUCUCGUUACCAUAUAAAUAAACCAUUGAUACGACGUGGUUAUUUUGUUAAUGAAAAUCAAUUUGAUCAUUUCGAUGCAUCGUUUUUCGGUAUUACGGAUGGUGAAGCAAUGAAAAUGGAUCCAUGCCAUCGUCUUCUACUAGAAAAGUUUGUCCAUUUAAUUGAGGAUGCUGAUUAUACUAUUGAUAAAAUUAGAGGAACUAGAACAUCUGUUCAUAUUGGUCAAUUUUCAACUGAUCAUUCAAUAACAUACAAUCGUCUACAUGUUGACGAUCGAACAGAUAUCGUGGGACCAAAUUUAUUUGUGUAUAAUGCUUCUGCUCGAAUUGCGUAUCAUUUUAACCUGCAUGGUCCUAAUGUUACUUUGGAUACGGCUUGCUCAUCUUCUUUUCAAGCCAUUCAUCUUGCCGUUCAAGCGUUACGAAAUGGUGAAGCCGAUUUUGCCGUAGCUGGUGGAGUAAAUCUACAUUAUACUCCUGAGAGUUUCAUAGCUGCAGCAACAACUGGUGCCAUUUCUCCGGAUGGCAGAUCACGUACUUACAGUGAAGAUGCUAAUGGUUAUGCAAUAGGAGAAGGAGUCGGUUUAGUACUCCUUAAACGAUUAAGUGACGCAAUCCGAGAUAAAGAUCGUAUUUAUUGUGUGGUUCGUGAUAUAAUGGCUAAUCAUGAUGGCAAUGAAUCAAAAAUUAGUUACAGUGUACCUUCACCUUAUGGACAAAAUAUGUUACUUAAUGAAAUUUUUACGCGUGCGAAAAUUGAUCCGAAUACAGUAUUUUAUAUCGAAGCUCAUGGAACUGGAACUCAAGUUGGUGAUCCAAUUGAAGCCAACACACUCGGAGCAUUUUUUCACCGUUCACAAUACAAUCCCCCACUUUUGAUUGGUUCUGUCAAAAGUAAUAUUGGUCAUACAGAAGGUGCUGCUGGAGUUGCAUCUUUAAUUAAAGUUGCUUUAUGUAUGAAACACCGCAUACUUACACCUAAUAUGCAUUUUACUCGUAUUAAUCCCAAGAUUCAUGCUAAAAAAUAUAAUUUACAUAUAGUCAAUCAUACAGUGCAGUUUUCUAAUGAUCUGGUAACUAUUGGAAUUAAUAGUUUUGGUAUGGGUGGCAAUAAUUCGCAUGCUAUUAUCACCGAAUGGUCCGAACAACAGUUGAAUAAAUAUUUUGAAAAUGAUUUAGACAAAAAUACCAUGCUUGUUAAUGGAUAUCAAAUGAAUGGAGAAUAUAAAUGUGAAAAUACAAAAUGUAGUGAUGUUUUAUUUGUAGAUUCUGUUCAAAAUCUGCUCGAAGUAUCACGACAACAUUUUGUUUUGACAUUCUCUUCGACGUGUAAUCAAUCAAUGAAAAAUCAAAUAGAAAGAUUUCAUGCUUGGUUUUCAAAAGUACCUGUGCAUUUAACAGAGACAUAUCAACAAUUAUUUCUUGCUCACUUAUGUGCCAAACUUUUGUUAAAAAGAACCACAAGCUUUUCUCAUCGUUUAUCAUUUAUAUUUUCAAAUUUUAAGCAAUUUCAAAAUCAAAUAAAUUCAUAUUUAUUAAAUGAUAAUAAUUGUCCUGGUGUUAUUCUUCCCCAACAGUAUCAAUCAACACAAAACUAUAUGGUUUGCAAUAUUUGUUUUGUUUAUGGCGGACAAGGUCCACAAUGGUGGUUAAUGGGACGUCAGUUGUAUUCGACAGAGCCAGUAUUUCGUCAGUGGAUAGAUAAAAUCCAUUUAGAACUGUUAAAUGUAUCAAAGAAUUCAUUUUCACUUAUUCAAGAAUUGAUUAAUACAGAGAAUGAAAAGUGUUCUCGAAUUAACGACACAAAUAUUGCUCAACCAGCCAUAUUUGCCAUACAAGUUGCUCUAACUGCAUUAUGGUUAUCUUGGGGUAUUCGACCUAAGGUAUUAAUUGGUCAUUCAGUUGGUGAAAUAGCAGCAGCAUUUGUUGGUGGUCGACUAACUUUGAAAGAAGCAACUAAAGUGAUAUAUCAUCGUUCACGUUUACAACAUCGUAAUAGUAAUAAAGGUGGUCGCAUGCUUGCUGUGAAUAUUAGUGAAGAUGAAUUGCACAAAAUAAUUGUAGGGCUUGCAGAUAGAGUUGAAAUUGCUGCUAUAAAUAGUCCACAAUCUCUUACCUUAAGUGGUGAUGGAGAGAUUUUAGAAAAAAUAUAUGAUAUUCUGAUAACAAUGAAACCAAAUACUUUUAAAGCAUAUUUAAAAACUGAAAAUGCUUUUCACAGUCGACAAAUGGAACGAUUUAAUAUUCAUGAAGAACUUAUUCAAUCUCUUUCUGAUAUCAAAGGCGAUCAUCAUAAUAGUGAAUUUAAUAAAACAUGUUCAGAUGCUAUACUUUAUUCAUCGGUAACUGGAGCCGUUGUUGAUGAUAAAACCAUUUUUAACGCCGAAUAUUGGUGGAAAAAUAUAAGAGACACUGUUUUAUUCAAAAACGCCAUUCAAUCUAUUCUCACUGAUAUUAAUCCUACAAAUCAAAUUCAAGUAUUUUUAGAAAUAUCGCCACAUCCAGUUUUAUCCACAGCUAUUACAGAAUGUUUUACUUUAUUUAGCAAACAGGAAUUAUUACCAUCAUCAUUAAAAUCACCCUUAGUUAUUCAUUCGCUUAACCGAAAGGAACCUGAACAACAAAUGAUGUUAACGUCAUUGUGUCGAUUAUUUUCUGCUUUCGGCUCACAUUCAAUUGAUUUGAAUACAUUUUGGAAUUCUCGUUCAUAUUCAAAACUCAUAACAACAAAAAAAUAUAAUGAUAAGAUAUUGAAAUUAAUCAAUUUUUAUAUUGAUCAAUUACCCAAUUAUGCAUUCAGUCGUCAAGUAUGCUGGAGUGAACCAAAAGAUUCUGUAUUUAUACGAAGAGCAUUAAGAAAACAAGAUCAUCCAUUACUUGGUUAUCGUUUAUGGCAAAAUGAAGCAAGAACACCAACAUGGAAAAAUGUAUUUACAAUAAAUAAUUCAAACCAGUAUGCUUAUUUACUUGAUCAUAAUAUACAAGGAACAACAUUAUUUCCUGCUUCCGGUUUUAUUGAACUUGCAGUUGCAGCUGUAAAUCAACUUUUAUUUCUGUUAUCAUCUCAACAGCAAUCCAUUGCAUUUGAAAAUAUACAAUUUCUUAAUGGACUUAUACUAAAAGAAGAUGAAUCAGUUCAAAUUGAAACCGUCAUCAUAAUGCCAUUUCGUGAAUUUUUUAUAUAUAGUCGUCGUAAAUAUAGCAAUGAUUGUUUACGACUUGAUGGCAUUAGUGGUAACGAUAUUAUAACUGUAUUUUCUGACCAGAAAUCUUUACAUGCUUAUUCAUCAACAGAAUGGACACUACACUCGUGUGGUUCAAUUAAUUUAAAGAUCGAUACUUCAUUGAUUAGUUCCAUGUACAAUUUUGACUCUAUUUUGCACAAUUUUUCGUCAACUGAUAAUAAUAGCAAUCUAUUGUCAGCAAAAACUGAAGAUGAAAUCAAAACUUUAUAUGCAUUCUUUCUUGCAUGUGGUCUACACUACGGACCUAGUUUUAAAACUAUAAAAACAUUACAUAGAACGCAAUCAGAAGUCUUAACAGAGAUUGAGAUUCCAUCGAUUCUUCUACAAGAUCAAAAUGCAGACCAACAACGAUACCAUUUAAAUCCAUCAGUGUUGGAUGGUUGUUUUCAAGGAUUGACUACUAUUAUCCCUUAUGGCGAUAAUGAAGCAUUUAUUCCUGUUGGAAUUGAAAAACUUAUCAUAUUUGGAGGAAACAAAGGACUAUUUGAAACUGCGCAAGAGCCAAAUAGAAAGCUCUAUGCUUUUCAUACUUUAAACUUGUCCAUAAAAGGAACUACACCAGAAAAAGCAUAUACAGACGAGUUAGUUGUCUUCAGUAGUACACAAGAUCUAGCAUCAUCAUCUGUAUUAAAAACAGAUCCGAUUGCAAUAUUUCAAGGAUUUAAAAUUCAACAAAUACCUACUAAUAAAGUACGUUCAAAGCCAAUAUUUCAAAAGAUUGAAGAAAGCAUUGCAAUUGGUAAUACAAAGUCUGUUAACGUUAAAGAAUUAGUUGAUCGUUUUUGUGCACGUACCUAUUGGAAACAAGUUGAAUUUGUUCAUGAUUGUCUUGAAGUGUUGUCAGAUCCAAUAUUGUUAUUGAACAACACACCAAUUGAAGUCAACAAUGAUAAUAGUUCUAUUGUAGUUAAGAAAAAUAAUAACCAAACUUUUGAGGAAUUUGUUUCUUCCAUUCCAUUUAUUAAUGAAUUAUCAGCACAAUAUAUUAUCAUUUUCUUGAAAAAGUUGCUAAAUAUUAGUUUCUCUGAUGAUAAUGUAUAUUUGAAACAAAUUGAAUUUAGAUCAAAAAUUCUUGCACAACAUUAUAACUUGAUGAAUUCAUUUAUGAACAUUCUUCAAAAUCAAGGUUAUAUUGAAAAAUUGGUAAAACAAAACGGAACAGAUAAUCAACAGUGGAAAUUUUUAGAUGAACGUGUCAGAGAUGUUAGGUUGAUUAAUGAACAUACAAUCAAAAUAUCGCUUGUGAACCUUUUAAAUAAAUGUCCUCAACUAAAAUCAAUUUUAUCUCUUGUUGAAUUAUGUGGAUCGAAUCUUUGUGAAAUAGUAACUGGUAAGAUAGAUGAAUUACAAUCAUUAUUUGGAUUAGAAAACGAGAUUUUAUUACAAGAACUAAUUUCAGUUAUAUCAGAAGAUAAUACACAAUCGAUGUUUUCAGCAUUAUGUCAACAAAUUAAAAACAAAAUAAGUCAAAACAAGGAUAACAAUUGGGUGUUAAAAAUACUAGAAAUAGAAGCUGGCUAUGGUAGAUCAACAAUACAUAUUUUGACUAUUCUGAAUGAUCUUGCAAAUAGUACUAAUACAAGAAUUGAAUACACAUUUACUAAUACUUCAUCGGAUUUAUUUGCCAAAACAAAACAAACGUUUGAUGAACUAAUAGAAGAAAAGAAUAUUAAAAAUCAAAUUAACAUUACUCAUCAAGUGUUUGAUCCAGAACAAAAUUCAUUAAGUUCAUCUUCAGUUGGCUAUCAACAACACUUAUUAAAUCCAGAAUCAUUUCAUAUUAUAUUUGGUUCAAAUAUUCUAAAUAAAACAUCAAACGUAGUUAAUUGUGUAAGAAAUAUUCGACAAUUACUGGCUCCAGGAGGAAUUCUACUUCUUAAUGAAAUCAAUACAUGUCUAUUACCUUAUUUCAAAUUUAUAUUUGGGUUAUUGUUUUCGUCAUGGAAAUUUAGUUCAGAUAAUUCAGCUGAACAAGUAGUUAUUAUGUCUGAAAUUUUUAAUCAAACUAAUGGAUUCGAUCAAAUUCAUUGUGCUUCUCCGAACGAAUCUGUUUUGUCGAGUUUUAUUAUUCAAAAAUCUAAUUCUCAGUUGAUUUUAAACGAUCUUUCAGAAAGACAACAACAACAAUGGAUAAUCUUCUGUGAUCAUAAACAAAAAGUUGGUAAAAGACUUGCAAAUUUAUUAUCACAAAAUAAGAUUAGUAAUAGAAACAUAACACUUGUUUAUUUAUCACUUGAAGAGAAACAGAAUCAAAAUUGUAGUUCAAGCGAGGGUAAGGAUGAAGACUCAAUUAACUAUAUUAAAAUUCAUAAUACAUGUUCAAUUUCUUCUGAUAUACGAAAUAUCAUUCAAAGAAAUAAUGUUUCAAGAAAUUCACUCUUACAUAUUGUCUUUGCUUGGCCACUUGAUUUAGCAAUGCUUGAUGAUAAUAUUGACGAUAUAGACAAAUUCAAAAAUAUUUUUCAAUAUCAAGAAGAGAUUGGUUGUGGAGCACUUAUGUAUCUUAUACAAUCAAUCUAUGAAACAAAAUUUGUUAUUCAACCAAAUAUAUUUGUUCUUACACAGAAUUCACAACCCGUAAACAAUAGUGAUUUACAAAAUUUCAAUUUAACUCAAUCACCAGUAAUUGGUUUUGCAAGAUCUCUGAUUAAUGAAUAUACAUCGAAUCGUUUAAAAUUAAUUGAUAUACAAAGUUCCUGUUUAUCAUCCGAUUUUGUUAAUCAAUUAAUAAAAGAAAUGUUUUCUACUAUAUCUUGUUCUCCAAAUGGGCUGCAUGAUGAAGAAGUUGUAUUAAGUUUAUGCGAGAAUACUAAUGUUAUACAAAGAUGGUUACCACUCUAUGCAAAAAUUGAGCAUCCAAAGUCUCUGACUAAAUCUGACAUGAAAACAAUUAUUAUUCCAAAACGUGAUGCUGAUUGUGUUCACUUUAAAUUACAGGUACCAGAGUCACGAUUCGUAUCUGAUCUCAAAUGGACAACAAGUAGUUUUGAAUCAUCAAAUGCAAUUAUUCUUUCACCGACAGAAGUAGAAGUUAAAGUUCACUGUGUAGGCAUCAAUUUCAGAGACAUAUUAAAAGCACGCGGCUUACAUCCACAUGCAUCAGAUGGUGAAAUGGAUUAUGAUAGUGAUGAAGUAAUCGGCUCGGAUUUUUCUGGUAUUAUAACUCGUAUAGGUUCAAACGUAAAUAAUAAUCUAAAAAUAAACGAUCAAAUAUUUGGUUUAACACUACAGACGGGAGCAAUUAAAUCACAUAUUAUAUUAGACCAAAACUUAGUUGUUAAAGCAUCGCCAAAUUUUACAAUGGAACAAUUAUGCACAUUGCCAACACCGUUUGUAACUGUUAUAUACUGUCUUCGUGAUUGUGCCCAUUUACAGAAAGGACAGACUAUAUUAAUUCAUGCAGCAUCCGGUGCAGUAGGAUUAGCAGCAAUUCAAUAUUGUCGAAUGAUUGGUGCUAAUGUCAUUGUAACUGCUGGUACAGAAAAAAAACGAAACUUUUUACGAGAAAAAUAUGAAAUUAAACAUGUAUUUAAUAGCAGAAAUUUGUCAUUUAUAACAGACAUUCGUCAGAUUGCACCAAAUGGCGUUAAUGUUAUAAUUAAUUCUCUUACUGGAGAUUUUUUACAAGAGUCAAUUAAAUUACUUGCACCAGCUGGACAUUUCAUUGAAAUUGGUAAACGUGAUAUUUAUGCUAAUGGAAGAUUAUCAUUAUUUCCAUUAAGAAUGAGCUGUAGUUUUCAUGUUGUUGAUUUAACUACACUACAAAAAUAUUGUCCGGGAAAAGUUCAAGAGCUAUUACAAUAUAUUUCUCAAUUGUGUACCAAUGGCAUAUUAACACCGAUUGCGCCGAUGACUGUGUUCGAACCCUCUCAAAUACAACAAGCUGUUACAAUUUAUUCUCAAGCAACACAUAUGGGGAAAUUUGUUGUAAGAAUUACUGACUCUGAUGCACAACUGGAAGUUGAAAAGGAGGAAACCAAACAACAACAUCAACAACAAGGUUCGUUAAAAUUACGCAACUCGUUGGUUGUGUACAUGAAAUAUAGUGCAGUUCUAGUGAAAGUCGUUUGA